AUGGCGCAACUCGAUACGUUGGACCUGGUCGUCCUGAUCGUCCUGCUGGUGGGUAGCAUUGCCUACUUCACCAAGGGCACCUACUGGGCCGUUCCCAAAGACCCCUAUGCCUCUUCCGCCUCCGCCCUGAACGGGGCCGCCAAGAGUGGCAAGACCCGUGAUAUCGUGGAAAAGAUGGAUGAGACCGGCAAGAACUGUGUCAUCUUCUACGGCUCGCAGACUGGUACCGCCGAGGACUAUGCCUCGCGUCUCGCCAAGGAAGGUUCGCAGCGCUUUGGUCUCAAGACCAUGGUCGCCGACAUCGAGGACUACGACUACGAGAACCUGGACAAGUUCCCUGACGACAAGGUCGCCUUCUUCGUGCUGGCCACCUAUGGUGAGGGUGAGCCGACGGACAACGCCGUUGAAUUCUACCAGUUCUUCACCGGAGACGACGUGGCCUUUGAGAGUGGCGCCUCCGCCGACGAUCAGCCGCUGUCCUCCCUUAAGUAUGUCGCAUUCGGUCUGGGUAACAACACCUAUGAACACUACAACGCUAUGGUCCGUCAGGUUGACGCCGCCCUCACUAAGAUGGGUGCCCAGCGCAUUGGCUCCGCCGGUGAGGGUGACGACGGUGCCGGCACUAUGGAGGAGGACUUCCUCGCCUGGAAGGAGCCCAUGUGGGCCGCCUUGACCGACGCCAUGGGUCUGCAGGAGCGUGAGGCGGUCUACGAACCUGUCUUUUCCGUCACCGAGGACGACGAAAAGUCGCCCGAGGAUGAGUCCGUCUAUCUGGGAGAGCCCACCGCCGCCCACCGCGAGGGUCGUGCCAAGGGUCCCUUCUCCGCCCACAACCCGUACAUUGCCCCGAUUGUCGAAUCCCACGAGCUGUUCACCGUCAAGGACCGCAACUGCCUGCACAUGGAAAUCAGCAUCGCUGGUAGCAAUCUCAGCUACCAGACCGGUGACCACAUCGCUGUUUGGCCCACCAACGCCGGUGCCGAGGUCGAUCGCUUCCUGCAAGUGUUUGGCUUGGAGGACAAGCGCGACGCUGUUAUCAACGUCAAGGGUAUUGAUGUCACUGCCAGGGUUCCCAUUCCGACCCCGACUACCUACGAUGCUGCCGUCCGCUACUACAUGGAAGUCUGUGCUCCCGUCUCCCGACAGUUUGUCUCAACCCUCGCUGCCUUUGCUCCCGAUGAGGCGAGCAAGGCGGAGAUUGUUCGCCUGGGUAACGACAAGGAUUAUUUCCACGAGAAGAUCACCAAUCAGUGCUUCAACAUCGCCCAGGCGCUCCAGAGCAUCACCUCCGAGACCUUCAGCGCCGUUCCGUUCUCGCUCCUGAUUGAGGGCCUCAACAAGCUCCAGCCCCGGUACUACUCUAUCUCGUCUUCGUCUGCGGUUCAGAAGGACAAGAUCAGUAUCACUGCUGUCGUCGAGUCCGUUCGCCUCCCAGGUGCCUCGCACAUGGUCAAGGGUGUCACUACCAACUACCUCCUGGCCCUCAAGCAGAAGCAAAAUGGAGAUCCUUCUCCGGAUCCCCACGGUCUGACCUACUCAAUCACCGGCCCUCGCAACAAGUACGAUGGUAUCCAUGUCCCCGUUCACGUCCGCCACUCCAACUUCAAGUUGCCCUCCGACCCAUCUAAGCCCGUCAUCAUGGUUGGUCCCGGUACCGGCGUUGCUCCAUUCCGUGGUUUCAUUCAGGAACGUGCUGCCCAGGCCGCCAAGGGCGAGAAGGUCGGCACCACUGUUCUGUUCUUCGGCUGCCGUAAGCGUGACGAGGAUUUCCUGUACCAGGAUGAGUUCAAGACCUAUCAGGAGCAGAUGGGUGACUCUCUGAAGAUCAUCACUGCUUUCUCGCGUGAGGGUACGCAGAAGGUCUACGUUCAGCACCGUCUGAAAGAGAACGCCCAGCUGGUCAGUGAGCUGCUGAAGCAAAAGGCCAACUUCUACGUGUGUGGUGACGCCGCCAACAUGGCCCGGGAGGUCAACCUGGUGCUUGGCCACAUCAUCGCCGAGCAGCGCGGUAUGCCCGCGGAGAAGGGCGAGGAGAUGGUCAAGCACAUGCGCAGCAGCGGCAGCUACCAGGAGGACGUUUGGUCAUGA